GUCCCUGAUUUCCGUGCCCCCUGUCCCCGCAGGGCAACGCCAUCAGGACAGCCAAGUACAACCCGCUCACCUUCCUGCCCCUGAACCUCUACGAGCAGUUCCACCGCAUGGCCAACGUCUACUUCGUCUUCGUCAUCCUCCUCCAGACUUUCCCCGAGAUCUCCACGCUGCCCUGGUACACUCUGCUGUUCCCCCUGAGCUGCCUCCUCGUCAUCCGGGGGCUGCGAGACCUCGUCGAUGACAUUGGCCGUCACCGCAGUGACAGGAGCAUCAACAGCCGGCCCUGUGAGAUCCUGGCUGGGAGGAGGUUCUGCUGGCAGGAGUGGCGCGACAUCUGCGUCGGGGACAUCGUGCGUCUGCGCAAGGACAGCGUGGUCCCGGCUGACCUGCUCCUGCUGUGCAGCUCCGAGCCCAGCAGCCUGUGCUACGUGGAGACCGCUGACAUUGAUGGGGAAACCAACCUGAAGUUCAGACAGGCCCUUCUGGUCACCCACCAGGAGCUGCAAAGCGAGGAGAGCAUGGCUGCCUUUGACGGGCGAGUGACGUGCGAGGAGCCCAACAGCCGCAUGCACACCUUCACGGGCACCCUGCGCUGGCGGGGCCACACGCACGCCCUGGAUGGCGACCGGAUCCUGCUGCGGGGCUGCCGCGUCCGCAACACCGCCCUCUGCUACGGCUUGGUGCUCUACGCAGGGUUUGAUUCCAAAAUCAUGAGGAACUCUGGGAAGAUCAAGAGGAAGAAAACCAAGCUGGACCACCUGAUGGACCGGCUGGUGAUCGCGAUCUUCCUGCUGCUGUUGGUGACGUCCCUGGGCCUCGCUGUGGCCUCUGGGUUCUGGGCCAGGACGUUCCAGGAGAAGCACAGCUACCUGGCUGCCCUCUACCAGCACACGAGCCCUGCCCAGCAGGCCUUCCUCAACUUCUGGGGCUUCACCAUCCUCCUGAGCAUCAUCAUCCCCAUGUCCAUGUACAUAACGUUUGAAUUCAUCUACCUGGUGAACAGCUGUUUCAUUAACUGGGAUCUGGAGAUGUAUUAUGGUGCCAAGGACAUCCCAGCCGAGGCCAGGAGCACCAGCCUCAGCGACCAGCUGGGCCAGAUCCAGUACAUCUUCUCAGACAAGACAGGCACCCUGACCCAGAACGUCAUGAGCUUCAAGAAAUGCUGUGUCAACGGGACCAUCUAUGGUCCAGGCACAGGCCAUGAGAACAAACAGCCACGGGGCUUGGGGCUGAGCCAGGAGCACCGCGGGGAGCAGAAGUCGGAUGUUUGCGAUGUGACGCUGCUGGAAGCCGCCCGGAGGGACAAGGACCCGGUGCUGAGGGAGUUCCUGAGGCUGCUGGCCCUCUGCCACACCGUCAUGGUGGAGGACAGGGGCGACCAGCUGGUGUACCAGGCAGCUUCUCCUGAUGAGGAAGCACUGGUGUGGGCAGCCAGGAACUUGGGCUACGUCUUCCUGGCCCGGACUCAGGACUCCAUCACCAUCAGGGAGCUGGGCAGGACCAGGACGUACGAGGUGCUGGCCAUGCUGGACUUCAACAGCGACCGCAAGAGGAUGUCUGUCCUGGUGCGAGACCCCCAGGGCACCAUCCGGCUCUACACCAAGGGUGCUGACACGGUCAUCCUGGAGAGGCUGCGCAGCCGAGGGCCCACGGAGACCCUCACCGAGAGGGCUCUGGAUCGCUUUGCAGAGGAGACGCUGAGGACGCUGUGCGUGGCCAGCAGGGAGGUGAGCGAGGCCGAGUUCCGCGCCUGGAGCCGGAGGCACCGCGAGGCCGCGGUGCUGCUGCAGGACCGUGCCCAGGAGCUGGACAGGCUCUACGAGGAGAUGGAGCAGAACCUGCAGCUGCUCGGGGCCACAGCCAUCGAGGACAAGCUGCAAGAUGGAGUCCCCGAGACCAUCCAGCUGCUGAAACUGGGCAACAUCAAAGUGUGGGUGCUGACAGGAGACAAACAAGAGACCGCGAUGAACAUCGGCUACGCCUGCAGGCUGCUGACAGACGACAUGGAGAUCCUGGAGGAGAAGGAGGUCAGUGAGAUCCUCCAGGCUUACUGGGAGAGCAACAACAACCUCAGUGGCCCUGGAGAUGCCCCGUGCAGCCGCCGCCUCUCCCAGCAGCGCCCAGAGACUCUGUGCCACAAGAGAGCUGUCAUCAUCAGUGGGGACUUCCUGGACAAAAUCCUGCACACAGGAGAGGUGCUGAAGGAGAAGAAGGGGUGGCCGUGGCGGUGGCUGUGCUGUGGCAGGGCCGAGGCCUCGCAGGACCAGGGAGGUCUGGUGGAGAAGGCCUUUGUGGACCUGGCCACCAGCUGCCAGGCCGUGAUCUGCUGCAGGGUGACCCCCAAGCAGAAAGCCCUGAUGGUGCAGCUGGUGAAGAAGCACAAGAAGGCCGUCACCUUGGCCAUUGGGGACGGGGCCAACGAUGUCAACAUGAUCAAAACCGCGGACAUCGGGGUGGGCAUCAGCGGGCUGGAGGGGCUGCAGGCCGUGCAGUGCAGUGACUACGCCCUGGCCCAGUUCUCCUUCCUGCAGCGCCUGCUCCUGGUGCACGGCCGCUGGAACUACCUGCGCAUCUGCAAGUUCCUCCGCUACUUCUUCUACAAGACCUUCGCUGGCCUCCUGGCCCAAGUGUGGUUCGCUUUCCACAGCGGAUUCACGGCCCAGCCUCUGUAUGAGGGCUGGUUCCUUGCACUCUACAAUAUUUUCUACACUGCCUACCCUGUGCUGUCCGUGGGCCUUUUGGAGCAGCAGGAUGUGAGUGCCAAGAAGAGCCUGGAGUUCCCUGAGCUCUACGUGGUCGGGCAGCAGGACGAGCUCUUCAAUUACCGUGUUUUUGGUGUCACCCUCCUGCACGGGGUGGGCACCUCCCUCAUCAGCUUCUACAUCACGCUCUGGGCCUUUGAGGACCACGUUGGCACCAAGGUCGUGGGGGACUAUGAGUCCUUCUCUGUCACAGUGGCCCUGUCAGCAUUGCUGUCGGUCCUCGUGGAGAUUGUCCUGGACACUCAGUACUGGACAGUGUUGUCCUUCCUGAUGGUCACAGCCAGCCUGCUCCUCUUCUGCCUCUUCUCCUUCCUGACCCAAACUGUUGAUGCCUACAGGAUAGCUCCUGCCAUCUUCCGCUUCCCAGAUGCCAGCUGGAACGCCCUGACCGACCCCUUUGUCCUGCUGGUGGUCCUGCUGUCCCUGGUGGUCAACACCCUCCCCUCGCUCACCGUCCACGCCAUCCGUGCCAUCCUGGGCAGGGCCACCACCCAGCAGGCUGGAGUUAAGUUUCCUGAUAACUUCCCCUGCGUGAGUCAUUGCAAAGAACAAGGAACAAACUCCAGAGCACACAGCACAGUUUGGAUAAAGUGCCUGACACAUAAGACUCUUUUUUAUUUUAUUUUUUUUCUUUUUUAACGUUUGUAAAUAGCUUAAACAAAUAUAGUUGCAAGACACAGAGGAGUAACAAUUGCAUUUCGCUGUAGAACAAAACUUAUCCCAUGAGAGUAACAAUGAAGCAGCAGCAAAAAAAAAUUAAAUUAAUUUAAUUAGAAGGAAAAAGUCAUUUAAAAACUCAGAGAUGUGGCCCUCAGACUGCAUGGGACGAGGACGAGCCUCACCUAUUGCUAUACAGAAAAAUGAGCAAUGUUUUCUGGAGGAGGCUGGGCUGGCAGAGCCGAGGCUGUGGGAUCUCCCUGGCCAGGCUGGAUUCUGUCUGACUCCUUUGUUUCCUUUAGAGAUCAAAGGGAAAACAUACAAAGAAACCAAACCAAACCAAACCCAAAUUUUGUUCUUUGCAUUUUUAAUUUCCUCUCUUUAAAAGCGCCAGACAAAGAUGUGGGAGGAAGUGGGUUCCUUGUGGCAGCUCCUGCAGGUCCAGCCCCACGGCUGGGUGUCCUCUGAGACAAGGGAAAGGAGCCAGCUCCGUGCUGGGGACACGCGGUGGUGACAGGGACAGGCAGACGGGGCAGUGACAACCCCGGGGUGAGGUACAGAGGAGCUCCAAGUCUUCCCCACCCAGACUGGAGAUGUUCAGCAAAAAGGGUGACUGGUGAAUUUUUGACAAAGCCAUUUCUCUCACUCUGUGCUGGUGUCCUGCCUGCCCAGCCGAUGGUACAGCAGGGAAAGCUUGGCUCUGAGUGGGGUAAGAAUGUUUAGAACCGACCCCAGGAGCCUCCUGCUUUCCUGGCAGGAUGAGCACGGCGCUGCCCCACGGCCAGCGGUGGGGUUUCAAAGUAUAAAAGCCAUCGUUGGAAAACUUCACUCCAGGGAGAACUGGAGUGGCUGGGGGCAUCAGAGGUCACGGAAUGACCCAAAUCCCUGAAAACUCCCACAGUUCAAGCAAGAGACACUGGCCAGGAUGAACCAGUAGGUUCCAGUGGGAGAUGCCAGGUCUCCUCCUCUUCCUCACUGCCCUGCAUCACCCUCAGAGGGGUUCCCAGGGCCCCGUUUUCACUCCUGCUCCCCACAGCAAAAAAAAUGCCCUUUAGGUGCAACCCUGGUCAAGAGAAUUGUCUUUAGGACAGAGCUUGGAUUGUCAUUACCUGCAGGGGAAAAAAAAUCUUUGGUAUCGUGGCAAGUUGCUCCUGAAGGCAUUUUGGUUGUUGUGGGCAGCAGGCACGGCCAGGUCUAGGGUGGGGUCAGCUGAGCCAGAGUCCUGGUGGGCCAAAGGACAGGGAAGAGGGCUCAGAUCUUGGCUUCUCCAGGGUCUCCCGAGCCAUCACUCCCAGGAUGGAAUCCAGCUGGUCUCUGUAAGCUCCAAGGACUUGUGACUGGGGUUGUGUCCAAACCUGGUCGAUCUUCUUGCAGUUGUAAUUGCAGUCUUGGCCAUCAAGCUUCUCAUGGUGAAAACGGUCUUGGAGGAGGAAAUGGGGCGUGGUGGGGAUGCUGGGCUCUCCAGAGGACAGGAGGCUGGUCAGCAGAUGAGUGGGGCUGCGGGAACCAACAUCAUCUCCUCCUCAAGCCAGGUCCUUGGUCUGUGGGUCUUCCACCACCACCUGGUGCUGAGCAUCUCGGUGCUGGCAGCAGACAAAGGCUGCAGACUGAAAAACCUUCCUUGGCUUUUGGGGGCCACUUUGGCGGGGCCUGAAGGAGCUGAGAUCUUUUUCCUCAUGGUGAGCUGAGCUUUGGGUCCACCUUGAGUGGUGAAGAGGCUGGGAAGAGCUGAGGAAGCAGCAGUUUCAGGGAAAUGCUCUGGGAAUGGCACCACUGCCUCCUCCAGGUCCCUGUCACCCUCCUGGCCUCCAAAGACGUGGCUUCUCAAUGCUGCUCUGCUCCUGUCUGCAAGAGGAGGAGGAGCAGGAGGAGGAAGGAGCUGCUCAGGGGUGGACUCUGGGAAUUUCAGUGAGCUCCAAAGCCCUUCCAAAGUGCCCUGAGGCCAUCUGGUGGGUUGGGAUCCUCCAGGGGCUCUUCCACUGCCUGGACUCUUCUUCUUCCACCAGGGCAGUGUCUUUGCACAGAGUGAGAGCCAGGCUGGUGGCACAGGAAAGCCUGGCAGGGACAGAGUGCUGGCUGUGCCUCUGACCCAAACCACAUUCCUGAGGACAAAGGCCCCAGAAAUGGGUCUCCCCAGCCCAUGCCUGCUCCAGCUGGGCCUUGAUGCAGCAGCAUCUUCAGCACCUCUUUCUGUGCAGGGCAAGGGCAGAGGCAGGGCUGUGAGGCCAUCCCAAGGAUGGGGAUUUAGGAGCAUCACCUGGAGAGGUCUCACCCUGAGGGGGGUUUUGGGGUGCCCAGGGCAGUUUCCCUUGUCUCAGAGGACACGAGGAGCCCCAUGGCUUUGCCAGCUCAGGUGGUGGCAGCUGAUUGUCUCUCCUCCUCUUGGCUGCACUUGGGAUUUGACCCACAGAGCUGGAAAAGCAAAAAAAAAAAAAACCCCAAACCAACAAUUCCCCCCAAACAAACAGAAAACAAAGCAGAGUGAGGAACCAGACCUCAGGGAGAGGCAGGAGGGAGGGGUGGGCACGGCGGGGUCCCGUGUCCCAGAUUCCCUUACCCUGUUUGCUGGGCAUGGGGCCAGGCUGCGCCCCCCGCCCUGCCCGGGGGUCCCCGAGCAGCCCCCGCCUGCCCCCACGGCUGCCAAGGGAUUUUCAGGGCGAGGAAAGGAACAAAAGAGGCGAAGGAAGAAACCGAGGGGGUAAAUGAUGACUUUCCCGUGGGUGUGAGUUGGAACAGAACCAUGAUCCAUGCAGAGAAAUCUUCAUCAACCAAAAACUCGUGGACAAAAAAAGCACAGUUUGUCCCCUCCCGCUCCCACCCGACCACCCUUCCCCCAAUAAUUAUUACAUUACUUCAAGAA